AUGGAAGAUGACCACAACAUUGAUCGACACCAAGCCAAUGUCCCAAAUGAAACACUGACAAGUAUACCGCAUGAGGACACAACAGAUGAAGACCGCCAGAGAGACCUAGAGCUCUUCAACAAAUUGUCCCUGGAUCGUGACAAGCUUAUAAGGGAAGGAACCAUCCCUCUGAGAGUCCAACUACAGACAAAUUUCAGUUCCAACAACUUUGCAUCUGGCGUUUUCGACCACACCGGCGGACACCUCUCCCUGCCCCGCCACGACAUCAACCUGUUCAUCCCGCCAGGAGCCAUUGAAGACGGGCGGCUCCAGACCAUCCACAUCUUCGUCCCUCCCAGCAUGCACCGUGGGAAACCUGCCCCCGUCGUGCACUGCGGACCAACCGGUACCACGUUUCUUGACCACGUGAUCCUGUCCUUCCCGGUGGACCCGAAUUACGAUAAGAUAGUCCCCAAGUUCACCAACACAGAAGUAGGAUCAGAAGAGGAUUGGAAGCCUCUGCUUGAAGAUGACGAUGCAGCGUCCAUCGUCCAAAACGGCAAAUGCACCCUUUUCCUUUCGCACUUCACCGGAUUUGGAGCAGAUGCAACUGAGGAAGGGGCAUCUCCAGACAAAAAGAUGAUUCGAGUCGGAGCGUUUGCCGCCAAACACACGUCUGACGACGGUCUCUACAAGUUGCGAAUCAGGAUCUAUGACGCAUCUGCCGCCGCAAGUGAGGGGAUUUACAACAAAGAGAGAAAGCUGUUUGGCGGGCGACUGCUCGAUGACGACAAAAGAAUGCAGAUAUACAGGCGUGGUGGGGCCCUGUGUGUGAAGAUGUGCGGUAUCUCCCGUGGCUGGAAGACAUUGGAUGACAGUGACGAGAAUCAGGUGAAAUUUUCCUGA